UUCUGCAAUGAGUGGAACAGAUAGUGUGUGAAAAGGUGUCGCUGCUUUGGGAGAGAAGGGAGCAUAAGGCAUUUCUCAUGGGUGCUUGUCUGACUCACUGAGACAUUUUAGCUCACGAGGCCAGGCCUCCCGGUUCCUUCCUCGGGUCACAUGAACAUGAGCCGCGGCUGGGUCAUCGGGAGAGGGCUCUCCGAGGGCAGGAAAGCUCCCCGGCUGGAGGCCCGUGGGCCGCGGGUGGGGGCGCACACGCCCUCACACGCCCGCCCGCCCGCCCGGCGCGCCUCCGCUUGCGUCCAGAGCCCGCCUGGCCUCUUGGAGAGGCCGGGGCCCUCCGGCUGGCCUUGCGGGAGUGCCAGCCGGGCCGCGGGGCACGGGCCUGCUCUGAAGACGGAGCCCUUCUCCAGCCCCUUCCUCUCCCGUCCUGAGCCCUGCCCCCGGAUGCAGUUAUUGUGAAUAAAGCUGCUAUGGAUAUUCAAGUCCUAAUCUUUGUGUGGACGUGUGCUUUCAUUUCUCUUGGAUAAAUACGUAGAAGUGGAAUUACCUGAUCAUUUGGAUUUCCUGUACUACUGAAUGGAAGUGGUGACAGUGGACAUCUCUAAAAUGACAUCUUUUAAAGAGAGAGGAUGACACCUUUAAAUAUUUUUUCCUGUCCCAAAUAGAAAUAAUCACUGGCUGUAUAGAGGAUGCUGUCCUCUCCUGAUGUGAUGGCAUGCUCACGGACCUGCUCCCGCAUCCUGGGGCUGAGCCUCGGGACUACCGCCCUGUUUGCUGCUGGAGCCAACUUGGUUCUCCUCUUUCCUAACUGGGAUGUGACCUACCUGUUGAGAGGCCUCAUUGGCAGGCAUGCCAUGCUGGGCUCUGGGCUCUGGGGAGGAGGACUCAUGGUACUCACUGCAGCUAUCCUCAUCUCCUUGAUGGGCUGGAGAUAUGGCUGCUUCAGUAAGAGUGGGCCCUGCCGAAGUAUGCUCACUUCUCUGCUGUCCAGUAGCCUGGCUUUUCUUGGAGCCUUGAUUUGCUUUAUCACUUCCGGAGUAGCCCUGAAAGAUGGUCCAUUUUGCAUGUUUGAUGUCUCAUCCUUCAAUCAGACGCAAGCUUGGAAAUAUGGUUACCCAUUCCAAGACUUGCAUAACAGGAAUUAUUUGUAUGACCAUUCCCUCUGGAACUCUGUCUGCCUGGAGCCUUCUAAAGCUGUUAUUUGGCACGUGGCCUUCUUCUCCAUCCUUCUGUGCAUCAGCCUCCUCCAGAUUCUCCUGGUGGUCAUUCAUUUCAUCAACAGCUUCCUGGGCCUUUUCUGCAGCCUCUGUGAGAAGUGAUAGGGAAUGCCCUGUCAUGCAUGAGAGUUUUCCUCCGAAGCUGCCUUGAAUCCCUUCUGCAGGAUGGAUUAUAACCGAACUUUCCUUUUAGGUAUAUGCCUGUAGUGAUAAUAACAGUAAUGAUUCCUUGCACAUGUAUUGAAUGAUAUAUGCAUUUGAAAUCACAUUGUAAACUGCAAGAUGAUAUGUUAGUAGAAGGAAUAAUUAAGUCAUUAUUAUUGUGCAGGAACUUACAGUUCAUAAAUGUCCUCCAGCCAUGGUCUCAUUUCAGCCUCUCAACAACUCCAUAAAACUGGCCACAUGUCACAGAUAUAGAAGUUGAAGCUCCUAGAGCAUAACGGACUUGCUGCCUAAAACCACUCAACUGGAUUCAGGGAAAGUCAGUACCUGAGCUCCAAUCUUCUAAAUUCAAGUUCACCAGUUGUUAUGGAUUGAAUUGUGGGUCCUCAAAACUCAUAGGUUGAAGCCCUAACUCCCAAUGUGACUGUAUUUGUAGAACCCUUAGGAAAGUAGUUAAGGUUAAAUGAGGUCAUAAAGGUAGGACCCUAACCCAGUAGGACUGGCAUCCUUAUAAAAAGAGGAUGAGGGGGCGCCUGGGUGGCUCAGUUGGUUAAGCGACUGCCUUCGGCUCAGGUCAUGAUCCUGGAGUCCCUGGAUCAAGUCCCACAUCGGGCUCCCCGCUCGGUGGGGAGUCUGCUUCUCCCUCUGACCCUCCCUCCUCUCAUGUGCUUGCUCUCUCUCAUUCUCUCUCUCUCAAAUAAAUAAAUAAAAUCUUUAAAAAAAAAAAAAAAAA